AUGAUUGCACUAGGUAUCUUCGAUGCAUGUAAGUGCCAGUUCCAUGUGGAGAGCUGUUGCAAGGUCAAUGCGGUAUCACUGGUGGACGAGGAGAAGUCAGACCAAGACUUGUUGGCGGUUGCCAAGCAACUGAUAACAGAUAUGACGUCUCAUCUGGAAGGUGUUGUCAGAGAGAGGCUUUGGGGUUUGUUACAAAAACAUUCGAAGUGUUGGUUGCGGCCAAGGACAGGCAGAACACGGCAUAGUGUGGAGUUCGAGGUAGACGGGAAUCCGGUGAAGCAUACGUUGAAGCCGUUAAGACCAGAGUUACGAGAGGAACUAGAUAAGCAGACAUGUUGA